CGCCAAGGACACACAAAUUUGGAGGAUGAACAUGGGCUUCAGCCUUCAAGUUCAUGUUUCAAUGCACAGCUAGCUCUGUGGACGGGCAUGGCAUAUUAAAACGCAGCAACGGGGCAACCUUGGAAAAGCUAGGGAGAGCUCAUGAGCCGAACCUUCUUUCUUUAGUGCAGUGAGCCAGGGGGGUUUUGACAAAGCAUUCACAAUCACGAUCUUUUACACAUUAGCCCUGCCCCCGCUUGAUAAACGACUUUUGCGUGUGCUUCCCUUGUACAUGCACAGCUCUGUCCCGAUCCGCACAGUACAGGCAGCGGAGCCGGUUAAGUGUGCAUGCGAAGGACCGCCUCUUCCAAACUUCCUGCUCACCUCAAGAUGUCAGCAUCGGAUGACUCCCCAGGGAUUGAGCCGGAAGAAGAGAAAGUUUCGCCAGAGCUGAUGAAAGCGCUCCAUGGGACGGGGCCCAAGCUGACGUUCUGGCCGCUUGUCGCGCUCAUCUACUUUGAGGUUUCGGGGGGUCCUUACGGGGUGGAGGAUGUGGUCGGAGCUGGGGGCCCGCUCCUAGCCAUCCUAGGCUUCCUCGUCUUUCCGCUCGUCUGGAGCGUUCCAGAGGCUCUGGUGACGGCAGAGCUUGCCACGGCCUUCCCGGAGAACGGCGGCUACGUGGUCUGGGUGACCGCCGCGUUCGGGGAGUUCUGGGGGUUCCAGCAAGGGUGGUGGAAGUGGCUGAGCGGCGUGAUCGACAACUCGCUGUAUGCGGUCCUCUUCUUGGACUAUACCAAGUCGGUCGUCCCUGCACUUGGGGGGGGCUUUGGCCGGGUCGUCAGUCUGAACGUCAUCGUGUUUCUGCUAACCUACCUUAACUACCGCGGCCUGACCAUUGUCGGUUCUACUGCGGUCGCCCUCGGCAUCUUCGGCUUUCUCCCGUUCAUCGCCCUCGCUCUAGUUGCCAUCCCGAGGAUUCGGCCUAGUCGGUGGUUCGAGUACCCCCGAAGCCAAGUUUCCUGGCGGGGUUACAUGAACAGCAUCUUCUGGAACCUCAAUUAUUGGGACAGCGUCAGCACGCUGGCCGGCGAGGUCGAGAAGCCGCGGCGGGUCCUCCCGCGCGCGCUCUUCGUGGCGGUCGUGCUCGUCGUCACGAGCUACCUGCUUCCGCUCAUGGUGGGCACCGGCGCCGCCCCGGUGAUCCUGGAGCAGUGGCACGACGGGCACUUUGCGCAGGUCGCGUACUCGCUCGGGGGGCCAGUGCUGCGCUGGUGGCUCGUCUUUGCUGCCGCGUCGUCCAACAUCGGGAUGUUUGAGGCGGAGAUGAGCAGCGACUCGUUCCAGCUGCUGGGCAUGAGCGAGCGCGGCAUGCUGCCCGAGUUCUUCGCGAUCCGCAGCCGCCACGGCACCCCGACGGCCGCCAUCCUCUUCUCCGCCAGCGGCGUCCUCCUCCUCUCGUGGAUGAACUUCUCGCAGAUCGUGGAGCUGUUGAACUUCCUCUACUGCCUGGGGAUGGUGCUCGAGUUUGCGGCCUUUAUCUGGCUCCGAAUAAAGGAACCCGACCUGGAGCGGCCUUACAUGGUUCCGCUCAACACCACGGGGGUGAUCAUAAUGUCCGCCAUUCCGGUGUCCGUGCUCAUCUGGGUCAUGAGCCUCGCCUCCUACUAUACCGUGGCCAUCAGCCUGGUGGCUAGCGUGAUCGGAUUUGGGCUCCACCCACUGCUCGUUCUAGCAAAAAGGCACCGGUGGUGCAAGUUUUUGGUCGAUCCGGGCCUUCCGGAUCUAGAUCACUUGGAGCACGAACAUGUAGCAACCCCGGGAGAUAGCUCCGAAGAUAGUGGGCCCAGUCGAGGCGAGGAUGCUCGACCAAUGCUGAGCGAUCCGAGAGGAUCUGAAGGUUGAAUCAAUUGGACAGGGACUCGUCGGAAGCUUCGUAAUGCUUUUGCACCUUCGACACUGUAAUCCGUGUUAGCACACCUACUACUGCCCCAACGGUUUCUGCACGGGAUGGAAUGCGCUUGCAGUUCUACAACGGACUCAAUCAACG